AUGUCUCCGUCGUUGACAGAAGUUCGAGAGGAAUGGCAAUCUCUGGAGCUAGAGUAUCAAAAACUUCAGGAGACACACAAAAAAUAUUUACAGAAAUUGGAUGAAAUCUCCAAACUCCAGAGCAGCUGCUCCUCCUCUAUCGCCCGUCAUAGGAAAAGACUGAAGGAGGUGUCCAGACAAGUAAAUAAGUGCACCAAGGGCUCUUCAGCCGAUGAUGCAAAGACUUUGGCAGACAUAAAAGAGAAAGUCAAGACCCAAGAAAAUGCUUUCUCUGAAAUGGAUGCUUUCCUACCCAAGAAAAAUGGGUUAUACCUCAAUCUGGUUCUUGGGAAUGUGAAUGUGACUCUUCUCAGCAAGCAGUCAAAAUUCGCCUACAAGGAUGAAUAUGAGAAGUUCAAGCUAUACCUUACAGUCAUCCUUCUGCUUUUCUCUGUCAUAUGUUUCUUUUUUGUGAGCUACAGAUCUAUGGACGCAAUCUUUAACUUUCUGCUGGUCUGGUACUACUGCACAUUAACUAUCAGAGAAAGCAUCCUCAUCACAAAUGGAUCCAGAAUCAAAGGAUGGUGGGUUUUUCACCACUACAUCUCAGCUUUUUUGUCUGGUGUGAUGCUGACAUGGCCAGAUGGGAUCCUUUACCAGACAUUCAGGAAUCAAUUUCUCGCCUAUUCCUUCUAUCAAAAUUUCGUUCAGUGCCUGCAGUACUAUUAUCAGAGCGGAUGUCUGUACAGACUACGAGCUCUGGGAGAAAGACACAACAUGGAUCUGACUGUUGAGGGAUUCCAGUCGUGGAUGUGGAAAGGGCUGACAUUUCUCUUGCCCUUCCUGUUUUUUGGUCAUUUCUGGCAGCUCUUCAACAGCCUGUCUCUGUUCAGAAUGGCUCAGCUACCAGACUGUAAGGAAUGGCAGGUCCGGAUGUGCGGUCUCUGCUUCCUCAUUUUAUUUAUGGGGAAUUUCUUUACUACGCUUGCAGUAGUUCGUCACAAGAUGAAAAGCAGGAAUCAGAAACGGAAGAGCAUGUGAUGGAU